AUGGCAGUUAUGGCAUCGCGGUAUUUUGAAAAAAUGCCACCAAAUAGCGAUGGCGGCUGCCAUAGCCUUACCGAUGGUGGUAGAAUGACAGUUAUGGCGAUGGCCGCCGGCGACAACGACUACAGACUGCGACGACAACACUGUGCUUUGAGAAUAUGGUUGCAGCCAUUGGUCAAUAUAUAUGGGCGACAUUUGCCCAUUCCAAGCUAUCAUGACAUCAGAGUUCCACUCCUAAAGAAGGAAGUUGAAUACACUGAAAAUUUGAUGAAAGGCCACAGGGAGCAAUGGGUCAAGUAUGGUUGUACUAUUAUGUCUGAUGCAUGGACUGAUCAGAAACAAAGAUGCAUCAUUAAUUUUUUGGUUAACUCUCUAGCUGGUACAAUGUUUUUGAAGUCUGUUGAUGGCUCUGAUUUUGUAAAGACAUGUGAAAAUCUUUUUGAGUUGCUUGAUGCUAUUGUGAAGGAAGUUGGAGAAGAAAACGUUGUUCAAGUUGUAACUGAUAAUGAGAGCAAUUAUGUUUUAACGGAUAAGUUGUUAGAGGACAAAAGGAAACAUAUUUAUUGGACUCCUUGUGCAGCUCAUUGUAUUGAUUUGAUGCUUGAAGACAUUGAGAAGCUUCCCUUGAUAAGGAAGACAAUUAGAAGGGCAAUUAAUCUAGUUGGGUUUAUCUAUGCCCAUUCCAGUACCUUAAACUUGUUGAGAAAUUGUACAAACAAGAUGGAAUUGGUGAGACAUGCUGUUACUAGAUUUUCCACUUCUUAUCUAACCUUGGAAAGGCUCCACAAAGAGAAAGCUAAUAUUAGAAAGAUGUUUAUUUCUGAUGAAUGGAUCUUAAACAAGUUAUCUAAGGAGCCUAAGGGGAAAGAAGCUGCAAAGGUAGUGCUCAUGCCUUCUUUUUGGAAUAGUGUGGUUUACACUCUUAAAGUCAUGGCUCCACUUGUCAAAGUGCUACAUCUUGGGGUUGGUGAAAGGAAACCAGCCAUGGGCUAUAUUUAUGAAGCAAUGGACAAGGCAAAAGAAACAAUUAUCAAGUCUUUCAACAAUAAUGAAAGCAAGUACAAAGAUGUGUUUGCAAUCAUUGAUAAAAGAUGGAAUUGUCAGCUUCAUAGGCCAUUGCAUGCAGCUGCCCACUUCUUAAAUCCAGAGUUCUUUUAUGACAACAAUGAUUUGGAGUUUGAUUUUGAGGUCACCAAUGGAUUGUUUGAUUGCAUUAAGAACAUAUUGGUGGUGAAUGUUUGGGUCACAAACUCCAAAUUUGAGAAGCUAGCUAUUAAAAUUUUGAGUUUGACUUGCAGUGCUUCAGGAUGUGAAAGAAAUUGGAAUGUAUUUGAGCAAUUUGAGGAUAUUGAACUUGAAUCUGAAGAAGAUGAAAUCAUGGUUAAUUUUGAGGCAUUUGAUGGAGAAGAGGGAGAGGGAGAUGCUCCACUACCUUAUGAUAACAACGAAGAUGAUUAUGUUGGGAUUGAAGAAGAUGAUUAG